AUGCACGGACCUGGAUGUCCUUGGACCAAACACGCUAGAAGGACUGUCUUCGCCGUCAUCAUCAUCAACAAGGCCGGCGGUCUCAUCUUUCACCGGACCUUUCACGAGGGUGGGCUCAACCAACUCAGCACGAAUGACUACCUCGUUCUAGCGGGCACAUUCCAUGGCGUCCACGCCAUCACAGCCCGCCUGGAUCCCAUCAAGACCCAACCCAACCGCAUAUCCACCGUCCCCGGAAGCAUACCGAGCCGGCCAGAGCCGCCGUCGGGCCUCGAGGUCAUGGAGACGGAGAACUUCCGGCUCCAGUGCUUCAACACGUUGACGGGGACCAAGUUCCUGCUCUUCACCGACACGACACAGGUCAACGUCGACGUGACGAUGCGCAAGAUCUACGACCUGUACAGCGACUAUGUCAUGAAGAACCCCUUUUACCAGCUGGAGAUGCCCGUCCGUUGCGAGAUUUUCGACAGGAAGCUGCUGUCGUACAUGAGAGAAAUCAACAAUAGGUGA